GUGUUUAGAAUGACGUCAUGGAUCUUGCUUAUUCACGACACUUCACUUCUUUCUCGCAGCAGCAAUUUCAAACAACAUGUCCAUGUGCACCUGCUGCUGCUCUGCUGCCAAUAGUCGAUCUCAAAGCUCCCGUUCAUGCCUUGAAGAAACAAACAAAACACAAUAGUACCCACUGUCAUAAUUGAGAUAGAUUAAAAGUAAACAGCAAAAAGAUGCCAGCUCGUCGAUACCGCUAUCCCGAUGACAGCGACAGCGAAGAAGAAGCAUUACCGAACAAUUUGGAUCCCAGUGUGGCCGCCUUGUUGGAGCCAUUAGGAGAUGACGAAGUUUCGAUGAGUUUAUUGCGGACUCGCAUCGCGUUGAUGAAGUUGCAACAAGCACGGAUCCGAGGAAACUCGGACUAUGCUGCCAAGAUUAUGGAUCAUGCCAUUGAUGAAGGUGCACGCGAUCGCACAGCUUGGACGUUGUUGGAGAAACACAUGAAAAAGUUGGAAUCACAAGUCAGUGACCUGGAUCGGAAUGCACAACAACAAGAAAACGCAGAUGAUAAGAAGGAAGACGACAAGAAAGACGACAAUACCAAAACAGAUAAUGACGAAGACAAGGGAAAAACUGGCGAUGAAGCUAAAGAGGAAGAAGAAGACGAAGUGACAUCUGAACAAGUGAAGAAACUCAAAGAGGAGGUGGAACAAGAAAAGGAAAGAGCCAAUUCUUUGGGAGAGUUGUUGAUGCAUAGUCUCGAGGAAGAGAUUGGAUCUGUGCUGGCUGAACAGACCAGUCUCAAGGAUCGAGAAGAAAGAGUCAAGGCACGAGUUCGAUCGUUGGAUACGACCCUCAAAAAGUUGCCCGGGGAACAUUCCAAAACAAAAGAGCUUCACGACCAAAUGAAAGAUGUCCACGAAAACCAAUGCACUCUCGUAAAUGCACUUUGUGCUGUCUGUCAUGAACAAUCUGCUACCAAGGCCGUCAUUCCUUGUGGCCAUUUGUGUCUCUGCGAUGAAUGCACCAAGUCCAUUACCGAAUUGGCUUCCUCACAGCGAUCAUGUCCUCUUUGUCGAGGCAAUCUGCUGAGUACACUUCACAUCUAUACAUCCAAAUAAACCGAAUGAAUGUAAGCAAGAUUCUAAGAGGUAAUAUCCUUCCUUGCACUGUUGGUAUCAAAGCCGUUGCUCUUUUAGUACCUGGUACAUGCUCUCGCAUGACCUGACUGGAGGAUACAAGGUCCUUCCGGGCCUUUCCAUCAGAGCGCCCUUGAUCAAAUGCGAGCUUUUGACAUUAUUAUCUGUCGGGAUUGACACCUCCUGGAGAAGCCACAGUCCAGCAACAACCUCUGUCUGUUUCAUACUACCGGUGGCUAGCUAGAAAAACAUAAUGACUUCAUAGUUUCUGGACCAGGCCUAGUU